AUGCUAGCCAACAGGCAACCUGAAACGUUCCUGGAAAAUGGCGUCGGGCGGGGCCGUAACCUGUGGCUUUGCUUCUGCAGGAGAAACUGCAGAGGGAAUCCCAAUUGCCUGGUGGGGAUUGGAGAGCACAUUUGGCUGGGGGAGAUUGACGAAAACACCUUUCACAACAUCGACGAUCCCAACUUUGAGAGGAGAAAAAAGAAUGCAUUUGUAGGCCUCACCAACUUGGGGGCCACUUGCUACGUCAACACUUUCCUACAGAUGUGGUUCCUCAAUCUGGAGCUCCGGCAGGCGCUGUAUCUGUGUCCGGUUGCCCGCCCCGAAUACGUCACAGCAGAGAAGAAAGAUUAUGAACCUCAGACCAUUUGCGAGCACCUCCAGUAUUUGUUUGCCUUGCUGCAAAACAGCAAAAGGCGAUAUAUCGACCCAUCGGGGUUUGUGAAAGCACUUGGAUUGGAUACAGGCCAGCAACAGGACGCUCAGGAGUUUUCCAAGCUGUUCAUGUCCCUCCUGGAGGACACCCUGUCUUCUCAGAAAAACCCAGACGUGUGCGACAUUGUCCAGAAGCAGUUUUGCGGGGAGUACGCCUACGUUACAGUUUGCAACCAGUGUGGCCGAGAAUCCAAACUUAUCUCCAAGUUCUACGAGCUGGAGCUAAACAUCCAGGGCCACAAGCAACUGUCGGACUGCAUCACGGAGUUCCUGAAGGAGGAGAAGCUGGAGGGGGACAAUCGUUACUUCUGCGAGUCCUGCCAGAGCAAACAGAACGCCACCCGGAGGAUACGUCUGCUUAGCCUUCCUGGCACCCUCAACCUCCAGCUCAUGCGCUUCGUGUUCGAUAGGCAAACGGGGCACAAGAAGAAGCUGAACGCUUACAUCGAGUUCUCUGAGCUGCUGGACCUGGGACCUUUCAUGGAAGACAGAGGUAGGCGCGUUUCCUUCCCUGGAUGGUGGAUCGGGGCCCUUCUCCUGCCUCCUGAGCGCCCCUGGAACAGUG